UCAAUGAUCUAUUUGUAAGCAAUAUUUUUUGUUCUACUAGUCUUGAAUGCGUUUCUUUAUCGUAUUAAAAUAGGGUGUCCGAGAAACCCUUUGCAGGGAACUGUGCUUGUGUGUUACGUUCCUGUUCCCGAGUCACUGCUAGGGGUGCUUGCCCUGCGGAUGAACUUAGACAGUAGGUUGCCGCCACGAAAGACGGUGUUAACGUCGAUAGUCAGUCACUAUUCGAAUCGUUCAGUAACCCGAAUGUCAGUCGAUAUCUUCAAACUCGACGGCCAAGAUGGGAAGGCUCUCCCAAUUCAUGUGCCACAGAAAGUGGGAUUCUUAGAAACGUAUCGUUACAUCAUGGAAGAUGCAGCAGAUUCCAGAGUAGCAGAUUGGUUCUUAAUGGGCAGUCCAUUUCCAUUGCUAGGAAUUAUAUUUCUUUAUCUGCUCUUUGUUCUUCGUUUUGGGCCUUUAUUUAUGAAAAAUCGAAAACCAUACAAUCUAAAUAAGUUUAUGAUUUGUUAUAACAUCUCUAUGGCCAUCGCGAGCGCAACUGUAUUUUACGGGCUACUUACUUCGGGCUUCACCACUAAAUUCUCUCUCGGAUGCGAGACUCAUGUCAUUUCAAACGACCCUGACUCUUAUCGCACGGCUCGAUGGGUGUGGAGGCUCUUAAUGUUGAAAGUCCUCGAGUUGAGCGACACCGUUAUCUUCAUUCUCAGAAAAAAAUACAACCAAGCGUCUUUUCUUCACGUUUACCAUCACACGUCGACCGCUUUCCUUUCGUGGAUAGCCUGCAAAUUUGUCCCAGGCGGCAUGUGGACGUUCACGAUUAUGCCAAACUGCAUCGUGCACGUGAUUAUGUACACCUAUUAUCUGCUCGCCUGCUUGGGCCCACAAGUGCAAAAGAGGAUCGCACCUUGGAAACAAUAUAUUACUGGGUUACAAAUGUUGCAGUUCAUAAUCAUGAUAUGUCAUAUGUUCCAAACUUUGUUACCUACUUGCGAGCCAAAUCGGAAACCAAUAGCUUAUAUCUACAUGUCGCAGAUUCUUGUCAUGUUUUGCAUGUUUUGCGAUUAUUACAAGAAAUCAUAUCUGCGAAAAAAGACGGAAUAGAGAUUUAGAGUGACACAAAAGUUGGGGUGAUUUCGGAUUACACGCUGCUCGAAUGCUUCCUUCAAAAUCGUAGAAUUCAUCAUCGAAGAGGCGUCUCUGCAUAAACAUAAUUUCAUGGAAAAUUAAAAUGAAACAAUCACGGACGAUUACGUUUGAUAUACCGCACUGGUGGAACGUAUUAGACAGAAUAUAUUAGCAUAGGAUACGAUAUAAGAUCAAAAUUCUUUCUCUUAAAUGUUGCUUUACAAAUAUGUAUACUGCUUACUGCGAAAAUGCUUAAUUAUCAUCAAAAUUAAUAUUUUAAAUCGUACGUAUUUUAAAUGAAUCUUUCAAUAUAUCGAAUUUUUUUUUGAAGAGGUUUAAUGAAAUAUGUAGACACAAAGAAUUUAAAAUAUACAAAAUUUUUAAUAAUCACUUAUGCCAAUUGUUAUAAUUAGUCAAACAUAGAUGGAUUUUACUAGUAGUAUGCAGUUUUUCAAUAAAAAAA